AUGCCGCCCAAGCGGCCGCCGCCGCAGCGGACGUUCCUCACCAACGCGCAGAAGCUGGAGCUCAAGGCCUUCUGGAGCGAGCACCCGGACCUGCAGCUGCUGGCCGUCGUGGACUGGGUGCGCGAGCGCUUCGGCGUGUCCGUGGGCCGCGCCACGCUCUACCGCAUCUACCACGCGCCCGCCGACGCCUUCGCGGGCAACGCGCAGCAGAAGAAGGGCCGGCGCGUCAAGUUCCCGGAGCUGGAGAGGGACAUCCUGGCCUUCUGCGAGGAGAGCCGCCGGGCCAAUGAGAGCAGCGGGGCCGCGCUGUCCGACGACGCGCUGCUGCGCGCGGCCGCGGAGCUCCGCGCGCGCCACGGCAUCUCCGAGACGGAGCUCAAGCUGAGCAACGGCUGGCUGCAUCGGUUCAAGGAGAGGCACGCGCUGCGUGUCACCCCGCAGGCAGCAGCAGGGGAAGAGGUGGAGUCCGCACAGACAUCGACUGAUAAUGGAGAUGCAACGCAGGCCGCGUCCGAUGCUAUGGACAGCGGGAAGCCCAAGCGGAAGCCAAGAGCUACUCAACGGAAGGUUGACGCCGGCGUUGUUAUGGCCGAUGCAGUUGACGCAGUGGAGACCAAUGACGUCUCUGACGGUUCUGAAACUGGAGAUGAUGAUGAAGAAGAUGAAGAUAGCGUUGUGGAAGCGAGCGUCGCCAUUCAGGAGGCCCUCGAGGCUAAUAGCGACAUCUCAGCUACUACGCUGGAGGCAUCCGUGAUAUCUGAACCAGCUAGCGUUCCUGCUGUCAUUCGACCACUUACAUACCUGUCAGCAGUCUCAGUAGACCCCGCCACGGCGGUGGGGUUUGUUAGGUGGAAACUGAACAGCGGGAUGGCUCACGCCGAGUAUUUCUCAGUGGACGACGACGGUGUUGCCGUUUUAACCAACGCGAUGGUUCAGCUCAAUGUAGAGCUGCAGCAUAGUGCGCUUCCGAGCGACAGCUCGCCAAUCAUCUUCAAAGUGUGGGCUGGGGUCGAGUUACUGGGUCAGUGUGAAUCCUCUAUUCGAUGGGCAGACGACCAAGCCUUGAGCGUGCUGCAGCUUGGGUGCACGUUACCGGCGCAGACAGUGAUUCGAGUCGAGUAUCAUGGGGCAGGUGUCGUUCAUAGCGGUAGUCGGCUAGUGCUCCGGUUGUUAAAUGAGUAACUCAGUCCCAUUGCCACGCUUGCAAGCAUUAUCCUCGCACGUGGACGUUU